AAUAGUUUUAAAGCAGGAACGAAAAAAAUCACACAAAAUCAUAACCUAAAUUAAUAGGUAUGUCGAGGAGGCCAGUGAAUCCCUCUAGACGUUAUGGCGACGCCGGCGGCGGAGCUGCUCUCUUUUCUCUUUCCAAGCCUCGUUCUCCUCCUUUUCUCUCCAUUAUUCUCACUAUCCUGGGAGUAUUGCUAAUUGUUGCGUAUUUCCAUAGCGGAUCAGGAUCCGCCUUAAAGAACCUUGUUUCCCGAGUGGAAGGUGACUUUUCUUGCACAUUUGAGGUUCUACGGGCGCUACCUGUUCUGAAGAAAGCAUAUGGUGGCGGCAUACAUAAAGUUUUGCAUGUUGGUCCUGAUUCUUGUUCGGUGAUUGCGAAUUUGUUGAAAGAAGAGGAAACUGAAGCUUGGGGUGUGGAACCGUAUGACAUUGAGGAUGCUGAUGCUAACUGCAAAAGGCUAGUGCGUAAUGGCAUUGUGCGUGUAGCUGACAUCAAGUUUCCUCUUCCAUACAGGCCAAAGUCAUUUCCUCUUGUAAUUGUUUCAGAUGCAUUAGAUUACUUGUCUCCAAGAUAUCUAAACAAGACACUUCCAGAUUUUGCACGGGUAUCGGCUGAUGGAGUCGUAGUAUUUACAGGUUUUCCAGGUCAGCGGAAAGCUAAAGCUGCAGAUGUGUCCAAAUAUGGAAGGGCGGCUAAGCUGAGGAGCUCGACAUGGUGGGCACGAUACUUUGUCCAGACGAGCUUAGAAGAAAAUGAAGCAGCGGCCAAGAAGUUCAGUAGUGCCGCAGAAAAGAGCUCAUAUACUCCGAAUUGCCAAAUUUUUCACUUAAGGUCAUACCGCUGAUUUGUUUACAUGGUAAUUUCUAUUUCACUAUGUUGCGGUUACAUAGUGCAGCUGAUAGUUUUAAGUUUUGGUUAAAAAUAUUUAGAUUUAAGUCGGGUAUUAA